AUUACUGUUUAUAUAGUCUAAUAGUUACAAUUGAAGAACUUAAUUGAUAAAUUUGAAAUUAAGGAAUUUAAAUCAUGAAUGAAGUUAUUAAAGGGGAAUAAAAUUACAAAUACUUCUCAUGUAUCUCGAACUGUCCUUAAAAUUGAAGAAUUUAAUUGAAAUUAUUUUAUUAAAGUUUAUGAUUAAAUAUAAUUAUAAAAGUUAAUAUGGCUAAAUCGAUUUAUUGAAGUGCUUAAUUAAUUGAUUUCACUUAAUGGAUUCUAACGAAGAAACAAAAUUGUUUAAGAAAAGGAGGGUAAACAGAAAUAAGGAAAAAAAGUACAAGCUUGCUUCUCACGACCAUCGAACCAAGGAACAGAAGCUAGUUUCGGAAAAUAAUCCCCUCAGUUUCCGUUAGACUAAACCAAGCUCGUUGUCAUUCUAUUGCACGUCAAGAUAUUUAAUCGUAACCUUUAGUUUAUAGGUAUAAUACUGAACAUUUUAUACGUAACUUUCAAGAUUCUUGGGGGGGCCGGGGCCUCCUGUCACAUGUGGCAGAUGACAUGGCGCCAACAAGGUGACAACAAGGCGGCUGCACAUGUGGCAUGCAUGGAAGACUAGUAGCAUAGAGAUGCUCCUAGGAUUCUCCACCUAAAUGAGAGCUUAAUGGUGCACUUAUGGGCUACAUUAUGGGUAGCAUUAUUAGAGUGCAUUAUUGUUAGAAACCGAACAGGAAAAAUUAGGGUAUUCAUUCCCAACAAUUAUGGGGGGACUUUAUGGGGUGUAUUGAUGUAGAGGGACCAUUAUGAGGGGCAUUGAUGCCUUGUAUGUGGAGAGGCCUAUAUAAGGAGCCAUCUCCCUCACUUGUAACUCAUUCCAUCAUUUUUUAGAGUAAUACACACUAGAGAGUUCUCCCAAUCCUUUGUCUUGUUCUUAGCUUACUUGUGAGUUUGAGAGAAAGGCUGCCUAGCGCUCUAACGGAAUUGAGAGCUAGGGCCGCACGAUCGAGAGUAAGGUCGUGACAAGUGGUAUCAGAGCCUGGUUCGGCUUUGUGCUAGCAAAGUUGAACCUAGAGCCAGAAGGAAAGGAAGAACCUCACCAAAGAUGGCUGGAUCAGAAGUCCACGACGAUGCGGAGAAGCACCGUGGAAGGGAUACCGUGAAGAAUCCCAAACCAAAGGGUGACAAGUCAAGCACUCGUGAUCCUAUGACGUCUCUAGAGAGGCGUGUCUCUAGAGUGGAGGUGAAGUUGGCGGAAGACAUCAGUGCCAUCGAGGAUUUGGGAGCAAACUUCACCCGAGUCGAAAGCGAUUUUCAAGGUAUGAAUGCUCGUUUGUCGAGCUUGGAGAUUGGUAAUGAUGGCUUACGAGAAGAGCUUGUGGCCCUCAUCAACAACACCAUCACCACAUCCUUGAACAACGCCAUUGGAGUUGUGAAAGAGCAAGUCCAGGCUGAGCUGGUCGGCGUGAAGGAGGAGAUUGCAGAUCUCAAGAGUGAGGUCACUCUCGUGAAGAGAGCCAUGGCUAGCGGACCAGCCACGGUGCAAUCCGUCCCACGUGCUGAUAUUCCAAGACCGAAGAGCUUCGGAGGUUCAUGGAAUGCGAGGGAGUUAGAGAACUUCCUUUGGAGUCUUGAGCAGUACUUCAAGGCGUCCGGCAUCCAAGAGGAGGAGGUAAAGAUCCGUACCGCUCCACUAUACUUGGUUGAUGUUGCAAUGGUGUGGUGGAGGCGACGUGAAGCGGACGUCGAAAGAGGUACUUGUGUGAUGGUAACGUGGGAAGAUUUCAAGAGAGAAAUCAAGAGGCAGUUCUACCCAGAGAACGUGGAGUUUGAAGCCCGUUCAAAGUUGAGAAGACUCACCCAGAGGAGUGGAGUUCGAGAAUACGUGAAAGAAUUCUCGGAGCUGCUUCUAGAGAUCCCGGACAUCACGGACAAGGAGGCCAUGCACGGCUUUCUUGAUGGGCUGCAACCAUGGGCCAAGAUGGAGAUUCAACGUCGAGGAGUGCAAGACCUUGCAACUGCCAUGGCCACGGCGGAGUCUUUUGUCGAGUACAAACGACAAGAGAGCAGCGGCAAAGAGAAGAGUUCGAAGCCCAACAAGGGUGGAGAACAGCAGAAGCCUUUCAAGGAGGGUUCUCGCACUCAACAACACCAAGGAGGUUCGAGCAAAGGGGGUAAGUACGAGCCAAAACCCAUGACUUGUUUCCUUUGCGACGGACCACAUCGAGUGCGAGAUUGCCCAAGGAAGGCGAGAUUAGCAGCCAUGGAAGCUCAAGAUGAGGAGCCCAAGGCGGCGGAGGCCAAGAUUGGCUCGAUCCGCAAGCUUGGCGCGGCGAAGACCGACGUCAAGGAGAGCAAGCGGGGGAGGUGCUAUGUUCUGGCGCAAUUCAUGCAAGGCGAGUCAAAAGCCUUGGUGGAUACCGGUGCCACGGACAACUUUCUUCGCGUCGAGGAGGCAAACCGGCUGGGUAUUUCCUACGAUAAGGGGCAAGGGAGGCUCAAGACGAUCAAUUCGAAGUCCAUCCCGAUCCAUGGAGUUGCUCACAACGUACCAAUGAAGCUUGGCGAGUGGGAAGGCCUCAUCGACUUUUCCGUCGUCACCAUGGACGAUCACCCAGUCAUCCUCGGCAUCCACUUCCUCGACAAGGAGGGAGUGCUUUUGAAGCCCAACUCCAACACGAUGUGCUUGGAGAAGGAAGGGGAGUUCCAUGCUGUUCAUCUCUUGAGAGAAGAUGGUCCCCAUAGUGCUCUAUCGGCCAUGCAAGUGGUGAAGGGGUUCAAGAAGAAUGAACCAACCUUUCUUGUGUCCUUGAAGAUGGAGGAAGAAGGAGGCUCAACGGGAAUCACAACUCCCAUCAUCGAAGGUGUCCUCGAAGAGUUCGAUGAUGUGAUGCCAUCGGAGUUGCCCAAGAAGCUGCCACCAAGAAGAGAGGUGGACCACAAGAUCGAGUUGGAGCCAGGAGCGAAGCCCCCUUCGCGAGCACCAUACCGCAUGUCGCCACCGGAGUUAGAAGAAUUGCGGAGGCAACUCAAGGACUUGGUGGACGCAGGCUACAUGCGGCCAUCGAAGUCACCUUUCGGAGCACCGGUGCUGUUCCAAAAGAAGAAGGAAGGGUCGUUGUGGAUGUGCAUCGACUAUAGAGCCAUCAACAAGUUGACGGUGAAGAACAAGUGGCCGAUUCCCAACAUUGCCGACUUGUUCGACCAGCUUGGAGAUGCAAUGUGGUUCACCAAGCUAGAUCUUCGCUCGGGCUACUAUCAAGUGCGGAUAGCAGAGGGCGACGAGCCAAAGACGGCUUGUGUGACGAGGUAUGGCUCUUACGAGUUUCUUGUGAUGCCAUUCGGUCUCACCAACGCACCAGCCACGUUUUGCACUUUGAUGAAUCAAGUGUUCGAGCCAUUCUUGGACCGGUUUGUCGUGGUCUACUUGGAUGACAUCGUCGUGUAUAGCAAAACACUCGAUGAGCAUGCCGAGCACCUACGCCAAGUCUUCCAAGUCCUUCGCGACAACGAGUUGUACGUCAAGAGGGAAAAGUGCACAUUUGCCGCCACAUAGGUUCCAUUCUUGGGACACGUUAUUGGUGGAGGCAAAUUAAAGAUGGAUGGAGCG